GCUGUUUUCUUUUGAUGCCUGCAUUGCCUGUUAAAGCAUGUUGGUCUGCACUCUGCUGCAACUGUGGGCUCCGGGAAUGUUGCGUGAAAUAAGAACUGGGCAUUGUUGGAGUUACAUGUAGUUUAUGAACCGACUUAUUAUAGUCCAUGGAAUCAUUUUUGGUGUGAGCCCUGUUCUUGUGGAUUGUUGCUAUUUGUCUUCUUGAAAGUUGGAGAUUGGAGAUAUUGUGUCCUUGAUUUAGAUUCCCAUAAUCAGGUCAGAUGAAGUUUUUUCCUAACCACUGCCAGUGACAACCCAAGAACACAAAGAUGGCUUAUACAGAGGAAGAGACUGGAAACUCAAGGAUAAGCAUGACCAUUGAGACAGGGUCAGUGACGGUGAGGCAUAUAUGCAAGAUGUUCAGAUCAUCAAGAAGCAGGACAGUACACAUAAUGCUUCUCUUCCACGUUUUGUCAUUACUUCUCAGUCCGUGUUUAUCAUAUCCGCAGUUUAGCGAGGGGAACACCGCAUUUACAUUGCAGACGAUAGCGGUAGAUGCACAAAGAGACACUGUUUUCAUAGGCUCGGUGAACAGAGUUUAUAAACUGAACAGCAACCUGAGUCUAGAACAAGAAUCAGUGACAGGGCCUGUCCAAGACGGCCCAGAAUGUGUACCAAGAUCCACAAACUGUGGAAGUGCAACAGACAAUUUUAACAAAGUCUUGCUCGUGGAUGAUGAUCGUCUCAUAGUAUGUGGGACGGUGUAUCAAGGAGUCUGCGAUAUAUUGGCCGUGGACACAUUGGGGGUGUUGUCAGACAUCUCUAUGACAGAGGUAUCUGUGAACACAGACUAUGGCACCACUGUGGCAUUUGUAGCAAAUGGAAUAGAUGACAUGAAGACAUUGUACGUUGGAUCAUCAACGUCAGAGUGGCUUAGGGGCAACGAGUGGACAAUGUCCAGUAGGCAGUUGCCAUCCGAUCUGUCAAGUUCAUCUCUUUUUCAAGUGUACAAUGGAGGUGGACCUCAAGCUCAGAAUCCUUCUUUGAUCCGAAUACCAGCAGGUACCAUUGAUGACUCUCCAAGCAGCCAGAAGUUCAAUAUCACCUACAUCUCAGGUUUUGCAGCAAAUGGCUUCAGCUACUUCAUCGCUCUCCAGCCAAAGGUAUAUGAUAGCCCAAGCAACUACUACACGAAAAUAUCUCGGGUGUGUCAACAAGAUGACCACUUCUACUCCUACAUUGAGCUUCCUCUACACUGCUAUGUCUAUGGCCAGGAUGAGAGGACCCUGUACAACAUUGCACAGUCAGCCUACGUUGGCACCGUUGGGUCAGAUUUAGGAUCUGAUGACUUGCAACCUGGAUCUGAAGUUCUCUACGUGGUGUUUGCCAAGUCGGAAAUGAUGAGCAAGACUCCUUCAGAUACGUCAGCUGUCUGUAUGUAUCCUCUUUCUGCGAUAGAUCUGGCAUACUGGGAGAGGAGGUUGGGAUGUGCUCGGCUAGAAACAGACAGAACAGACAUUGACUGGUUAGGAUCUGUGGGUUGUGGCACAUCAGAUAGUAUGAUCACUGAGAUCAACUCUACUGGACCCAGCUACUGCCAUAAAAACGACAACAAUGUACCGCUUGGUGGGGAUUUCUCCAUUGAUGCAAGGGCUGUAUACACCCAUCCGUCUGUCCUGACAUCCAUAGCAGCUACAGUUCAUCGUGAGCGGACUGUCAUCUUUCUAGGUGACCAAGAUGGGCAGUUAAAGAAGCUGUGGUUGAUGGAUUCAUCCACUGCCAUGCUGUAUGAGGAGAUGACGAUAGAUGCUGAUGGUGGCAUGGUGCAGAACGGCAUGGUCCUAACACCAGAUGAAAACCAUGUCUACGUGAUGACCGAAACAAAGGUUACCAAGGUCCCGGUGGAGGAGUGUGAAUUGUACACCACUUUCUCAGAGUGCGUAGGAGGAGCAGGAGGGCAGGAUGACGUCGCCGCCGUCGGAGAUCCCUACUGUGGAUGGUGCUCUCUCUAUCAAAGGUGCACAAGAGGGGUUGAGUUUGAAUGCCCUGGUGUGGAGAACCCUAACCUACCUCAUCGUUGGUUGACCAGGGAUGAUGAAAAUACAAGAAUCGAGAAGAUAACUCCUCCAAACACCGACAGCGGAACAACCAUUAUGCUUCACAUCACAGUACUGAAUCUCCCUGCUCUGGAUGUCUCGGAGGCAUACCAAUGUAUCUUUGGCGACCUAGGAGACAAACCUGCAGCAGUCAACACCACCAUCCCCAGUCGCACGGUGGUCACAUGUUACACCCCUCCUGACAUUCUCGAACCGGUUGAUGGUUUUACGCAAGUGGAGCUCACCUUGAGGCACACCAAGACAAACGUCGAUGUCGUUUCCACAGACUUCUAUUUCUACCAGUGCAGUACUUUCUCCACAUGUUCUGAGUGUGUUGCGCAGGCGUUUGGUUGUAACUGGUGCGGCUACGAGACCAUGUGCACAGUCAAUCUAGGCCAGUGUCAACCUGAGGGAAUCAUUUUGGGUGUAGGGACGGCCACUCCAUCGGCCACCGACUUGGUUGGUCAAGAAUACUGCCCUCGUGUGGGCCUCGGUGAUGAUACAGAGAUCUUGAUACCAGCUGGAAUUCAGAAGAACGUCCAGCUCAAUGUUGCCAAUUUGCUGGCUCCCCUGGGUUCUCAGACUGGUGUCGGUUAUACGUGUGUCUUCCAGUAUGAGAGCAAGGAGGUAUCCGUCCAAGCUAAUUUAGAUGGAGAAGAUCUUCUCGUUUGUGAACAACAAGUGUUUGAAUAUGAGGCAGAGGCCAACAGUGUUACAGGAUCUAUGAUCGUUACAUGGAAUGAUGUCUUUGUCAUCACAGAUAGAGAGAUACCAGUUAUCUUGUACAAGUGUACCAUUGACCGAUCAAACUGUGGACUCUGCUUGAGCGCGGAUCCUAAGUUCCAGUGCGGCUGGUGCAGUAGUCAGUUUGAAUGCGGGAUUGCAUCCCAGUGCCUGGAUAAUGAUUGGUUGAUCGGAGAGGAUACGGUCUGCCCUGACCCAACAAUCAGAGAGAUCUCACCAAUAUCUGGUUACUUCACUGGUGGGACCAAUCUAACAAUCAAAGGCUACAAUCUUGGCUUGACUGCUGCAGACAUCAUCAGCAUUAGAGUUGCUGGUAUAGAAUGCAUCAAGGAUGAGGCUACGUACAUCACUGCUCUCCAAAUAAGCUGUACCACAACCUCCUCUCUAAAACCAGACUCUGGUAAUGUAGAGGUGACCAUAGGUAACAAUGGAGGACAGAUGUACUUGGCUACCUCCGAAAAUGUGUUCAGCUACGUGUUGCCCAAGAUCACAGGAGUAAGACCCGCCUACGGUCCAGCGUCUGGUGGAUCUCUUGUCUCUAUCCUGGGUCUUAACCUUGAUGCUGGUAGCAGCAGCAUAGCAAACCUAAACGGUGUUCCUUGUCGGAUCGUCAGUGCUUUCCCAUCUGAGGUACUUUGUCUGAGUGGUGCAGCUGGAGUCGGAACCAUGGGUUAUGUCAGUAUGACUGUAGAUGACCACUACGUGGAAGGAUCAUCGGAGUUUCAAUAUCGGCCAGAUCCAGUUAUUACUAGAGUCAGCCGGUUCAGCAGCAUCAGCAGUGGUUCCCUGGAGCUUGAUGUGGAAGGAAGUGAAUUUGACACCAUUCAGUGGCCUCAACUCAGCUUCCUCAUUGAGGACCAGCAACUCAUCUCGAACUGCUCAAAGAGUGCAACGACCUCCAUGAUGUGUUUGACCCCCAGUGUGAGUGACCUCAACUUGACCUUACCCCUAGAGGUACCUAUUGCUAACGUCAGUUUCCUAUUGGAUGGUGUGAUGGAGUAUGCACCCUUGCAGAAUAAUGGGCAGAUCAGUGGCCUGGAUGAAGCGUUCAUCUUCGUUCCAGAUCCCGUUUUCUAUCAGUUUGAAAAUCAGAAGGUGGAACUGGAAUUUGAUCAGCGCAAAUUCAUCAAGAUCUCGGGUGAUAACCUUACCUUAGCAUACAGAGAAGAUGAUGUGAGAGUAACCAUCGGGGGAGCACCAUGUACUGAUGUUGUCGUCAAACAACAGGAACUGACAUGUUAUGCUCCAGAAACACCACCAUCAGAAUUAGAAGGAAGAAACACAUUUGAUGUCAUGGUGUACCACGGUUCCUUGAGUUUCCUUGUGGGUCAGGUGGAGUACCUCCCCCAAGCCAUCCCCCUGGCCCUCAUCGUUGGAUCGGUAGCGGGUGGGGUUCUCUUCCUCCUCGUCAUCCUCAUCAUGGGGGUCUGCAUCGCCUCCUACCGCAAGAACAAUAACAACGAGAAGAUCUUCAAGCAGAUGGAGGAUCAGAUUGGAACCCUGGAGCUUACAGUGGCGCAGGAGUGCAAAGAAGCCUUUGCCGAGUUACAGACUGGUGUCCUGUCCAUCACACAUGACAUCAAGGGUCACGGAAUCCCAAUUCUUGAUUACCGAUCUUACGUUGUCAAGUCUCUCUUCCCUGAGAACCCCAACCAUGCUGUACUCAAAGAUCUCUCGGUUGCUGGUGUGAGGAAGGACUUUGUUCAGAAGGGUCUGUGGCAGUUUGGCCAGCUGCUCUCCAACAAGUCUUUCCUGAUGAUCUUCAUACGUGUGCUGGAGGAGCAGCGAACCCUGUCCACCAAGGACUUCAGCAACGUUGCAUCCCUCCUGGUAGUGGCCUUCCAGGGCAAGAUGGAGUAUUGUACCGAUGUCUUGAAGGCUCUCAUGGCAAGGGCUAUCAAACAACACGUCAAGGAGGGAGAGGAGUCUGCUAGAGUCUUCAUGAGGAGAGGAUCAUCCGUUGUGGAGAAGAUGGUUGGUAAUUGGCUUGCUGUCCUGCUCUACAAUCAUCUCCAAGACUCUGCCGGUGAGCCGCUCUUCAAACUCUUCUAUGCCAUCAAGCAACAGGUGGAGAAAGGACCAGUCGAUUCAGUGACGGGGGAGGCCAGGUACAGCUUGACGGAGGGGAAACUCAUCAGACAACAAGUUGAUGUCAAGCAACUGACCUUAAAGGCACAGGGACCAGACCGUAACACUCCAAUGGUUGAAGUGAAAGUCCUUGAUUGUGACACCAUCUCCCAGACCAAGGCUAAGAUCCUAGAUGCCAUCUACAAGACCUCGCCUUACUCGCAGAGACCAAAGAAGAAUGAACUUGAUCUAGAGUGGUAUGAUAGACCAGGUGGCAAACAAAUUCUUUUUGACGAUGAUGCACUGAGACCUAUGGAGGGUGGAUGGAGAAAGAUCAACACCCUUUCACAUUACCAGGUUACAGAGGGUGCAACGGUCUACCUUCUACAAGCUCAGGGGAGCAGUGGAUCCUUACAUUCCAACCAUUCUUCACCAGCUAGAUCAUACAAUAAUGUCAAUGUGAGCUACAACAUCCAGACCCCAGCAUCUUCCAUGUCACCGAUGAUCACCAUAGACUAUGAGAAUAUGAAUAGAAUGUGGCAUCUGGUGAAGCCCCAGGACCACCAGCAGCAAGAGAAUGGUGUUACUGAUCGGAAGAUGAUGGCAGAGAUAUACCUUCCUAGGCUGCUAACUACCAAGACCAUCUUGCACAAGUUUGUAGAUGACCUUGUGACGACCGUCUUCAUGUUGGAUGAUGAUAACUCCUUGCCUCUCGCCAUCAAGUAUCUCUUUGAUUUCCUGGAUGAACAAGCUUAUGAGAACGGUAUCACGGAUCCUGCCAUCAUCCAUGCUUGGAAGAGCAACAGCCUACCCCUUCGGUUCUGGGUGAAUCUGAUCAAGAAUCCUGAUAUGAUCUUUGACAUCCACAAGGCUGACACGGUGGACUCCUGUCUUUCCGUCGUAGCUCAGUGCGUCAUGGAAGCGUGCUCUGUCUCGGAGCAACAGCUCAACAAGAAUUCACCGGCAAGCAAGCUUCUUUAUGCCAAGGAUAUCCCUGCAUACAAAGAAUAUGUCUCACAGUACUACAAAGACAUCCAGAACAUGCCUGUGAUCAGUGAUCAGGACAUGAAUGCUAUGUUAGCUGAGCAUUCACAAAGACAUCACUAUGAUUUCUACAUGCUAUCAGCUCUCAAUGAACUCUACUUUGGCUAUGCCUGCAAGUACAGAAGUGAAUUAAUAUCAGCCUUAGAUGAGGAUGACACAUCCAUCAAGCAGGGACAUGCGGAGAAGAUCGAAGAGAUCGAGAGAAUCAUGUCCAAAUCGUUCUGACAAAUAACCAUCAACCCAAGAGAAGUAGGCAGAAAGAAUGGGAUCGUGCUACCAGACUCCGACAUACAAUCCACCACCUGUUAAUGAGAGAUAGAGAGAGAGAGAGAGAGGGAACAGAGAGAGAGAGAGAAUAUGAGAGAGCGAGAGAGAGAAAGAAAGAGAGAGACAGAGGGGGACAGAGAAUGAGAAAGAGAGAGAGAGGGAGAGAGAGAGAGAGAAAAACUUAAUGUAAAAAAAUUGUAAGUACUUGAGACAUCUAAACUGAAAUAUAAAAUUUCAACUCAAAGCAAUUUGAAUCUGGAAUUUAAUUUAACCUUUUUUAAAUUAAAACCUUAGAUUUAAAGCAACUAGUGUUAGUAUCAUUUUGGUGCAAAGUAAAAACAAUAAAGAAGUUAUGAUAACUAAAUAACUAGAAUUAAAUUUUUAAAUUCAGAUAAACUGCUUGAUGGGAUUUAUUUUCAGACUGCAACAUAAAUUCACCAAAGAAGUCUGGACCACAUAUUAUUGAGAAUUAGAGAAAAGGAUUAGGUCAAGUAAAACGGAAGUCUGGAACGAACCAUGUUAAGAAAAUUCUGCCUCCUUCGAUUGGGUUGAUACUUAUCAGAGAACUUUAUAUCAGAUUAUAUAUUUUUAUAUAUUGAUGCAAAUUGUACAUAAAGGAAAACUUAUCACUUCCAAGAGCUCUUCAUUCUAACAAUUUUCUGUGAUUAUCUUGCAAUUGUAUAUUGAAAUCCUGCUUUAGAGAAGCUUAAAUUGCAGCUGUAUAAUUCGGUGUAGUUGUAGCAUUUAGCUCUUCUAGUAUAGCCCAGUAUCUUUAUGAUUUUUGCUGAAUUUUGCCGUGAAGAUGACAUGCAAAGAAAGUAUCCUAGGUGCUUGUAAUAUUGCUUUCAUUUUAUUUUAUUUGAUGCAAACUGACAUUUAGUUAAAAUGAUUGUAUCAGGAUUGGAGAGUUCCAAAUGGAAGCCCGGCUAUUCUAA